AUGCUCUCUAGGGCUCAGCAACUGGAGAGAAACAUUGGCUAAGGAUGGUCAAAGCUGGGAAGGAAAAUAGCAAGGAGGGAAAGGGGUGAAGUGAAAGGAGCUAGGAGCCACACUGGAGAGCAUAGACAGCCCGGUGACCUCUGGUGCACGAGGGAUGAAGGAAACAGACUGUGAUUGACUAUGUGGACCAUCUGGGUGAUCAUCUUCUGGAUUUCAGCUGUCCUGAUCAGAGCUGUCCCACCUGUCUGUGACCUCCUGAGAGUCCUGAAAAAGGAGGAAGAAAACUGUGCUGAGACUCUCUCCCUGGAGGCAAAGAACAGAACGACCAAAAACGAUCUGCUCCCGAGCUCAGGCAGAUGUGCUGGAAUGUGGGAUAACAUGAGCUGCUGGCCUUCAUCUGCUGUGGGACAGACUGUCAACGCUCACUGCCCUGAAUUCUUCCAGAUGCUGACUGGGAAAAAAGGUUUUGUCUACCGAAACUGUACAAGCGAGGGCUGGUCAGACCCAUAUCCGAGACCUGAUAUCGCUUGUGGCUACAAUGUCAAUGACACGACAAACGAGGCGAGACGUUCCUAUUUCAUGACUCUGAAGACCAUGUACACCAUUGGAUACUGUACCUCCCUUGUGACGCUGACGAUAGCCUUAGUGGUCCUGGUCUCUUUUAGAAGACUUCGCUGUACGAGAAACUACAUCCACAUGCAUCUCUUCACAUCUUUCAUUUUGCGAGCCUCAUCCAACUUCAUCAAGGAUGCCGUUUUGUUUUCCUCUGAAGACACGAAUUACUGCGGGGCAUACACGGCUGGGUGUAAGCUCACCAUGGUCUUCUUUCAGUAUUGCAUCAUGUCUAACUACAGCUGGCUCCUCGUGGAGGGACUGUACCUCCACACUCUCCUGGUUAUUUCUUUCUUCUCGGAAAGGAAGUUCCUCUGGCAGUUCAUCACCCUCGGAUGGGGUGCCCCAACUGUGUUUGUGGCUGCAUGGGCGACUGCUAGGCAACUCCAUGAAAAUAUUGGGUGUUGGGACAUUAACACUAAUGCCAAUACCUGGUGGAUCAUUAGAGGCCCUGUAGUUUUGUCUAUUUUUAUUAAUUUCAUUCUUUUUGUCAACAUUUUAAGAAUCUUGAUGAGGAAGCUCAGCUCGCCUGAAGGAAGGAGCAGUGAUUUCAACCAAUACAAGAGACUUGCAAAGUCAACGCUCCUCCUCAUCCCUCUCUUUGGGGUGCACUACAUCAUCUUUGCUUUUUUCCCUGAAGAUGCAAGCAGCGGCACAAUGGAAAUUCAGCUGUUUUUCGAACUGGCUCUUGGAUCAUUCCAGGGCUUUGUCGUGGCUGUACUUUAUUGUUUUCUUAAUGGUGAGGUUCAGCUAGAAGUUCAGAGAAAAUGGAGGCAGUGGCAUUUAAGCAAACACUUGCGUCAGCAUCUCAGCACCUCAGCGAGUAAUGGAGGAAGUGGCUUAACUCAAGAGAUGCAGAUGGUGAGGUUGAGCCCACCAGAGCACAGGAGAGCAACCCUCCAAAGAUCAAGCGUGCUUUAA